AUGGAAGAAAAGACGGUGCUUCUGGAAAUGGUCAAAAAGAAGAGGAAGAUGACUUCAAGAAUUGGGAGACGCGUGUUGUGCUCGUCGCAAAGUCAUCGGCCACAAACACCCCCGCCAGCGCCAGACAUUCCUGAACCAGUGGCAGAGGCUCCAUCCAUUGCCUCCGAGUCGCCUGAUUGCUGCUCCAAAAUGGCACCGAAGGGAUUCGAAAGGUUCUUGUCGUCGUUGAAUGAGUAUGGCACUCAACAUAGGAUUGAUUCGCUUUUCCCUAACAUGAAUAGUGACUACUUCAACACCGACACUUUUUCCGACGUUGUCAUUGUGUGCGAAGACCAAGAGUUCAAGGUGCACAGAUUGGUGCUAGCAUGCCACUCCAAGUAUUUCGAGAAGCAGCUCAAUGGGAAUUGGAAGGACUUUGACCCAGGCAUUGUGGAAUCUAUGUUACGGUAUAUGUAUUCCUUCAAUUACAGCAACAUCCGUGGUGUUUCGUCAAUGGUCCAUGACGCCCAGGUCUACCAGAUUGCAGACAAGUACGACAUACCGACACUAAAAGAAUAUUCCAAGGACAGAUUCUGCAAAUUUAUUACCACUGGCUGGAAUAUGGAUGAGUUUCCACUUGCUAUCAAUGUUGUAUAUGAAUCUACGCCUUCCGAGGACAGAGGACUUCGCGACUUGGUAGUCGAAACCUCCCUCUUACACCUGGAUACACUUUUAGAGCAGGACGGUUUUAGCAACAUCCUCAGAACAAAUGCUGACUUCUCUGCCGAUCUCAUACCUUUUCUUACACCAAACACCAGCAUCAAGGAAUGC